UUCAAGGUUGCUUUAGUUUUACCUGGUAGUGAAGGUCUAGCUGCUCAUGUUCUCAGAGUUGGCGGUGGCAAGGGGACACCUCCUGUAGUUCCAGCAGACGUCGACCUCCUCCCCGCACAUUGAGUCCUUCGCUCCUGGGCGGCCCAAGGCCGGCUUUGAUAUCUUGGCGUGGAGAGGGAGACUUCAGCUGAGAAAGGAAGAGAAGAGUGGAUUGGGGGCUCCGAGGAGGAAAGCGGAAGAUCUCUUCUCUGGGAGUGGGGAAGAAGGGAUCGGUCGGGGUCCGGGGGGGAAGAAUGGUCGUCAUAGCCGUGCUUAUAGGAGGAGCAGAAGACGGAUCUUAGACGAGCAAUUCCACCUUCCCCAAACAUUCCGAAGACAUUGUGUUCCUUCUCAUGAUCUGAUUUCUGGCUCUGUGCUAUAUAUACUGUGGCCUGGGAGAGUUCAGUUUUUCUUUUCACUGAUGUAAAAGUGGAGAUGUUAAUUACCCAGGAAUGUAUUGCUUGAGGCCGUUCACCUGGAGGUGUAUUACUUGAAGAUAAUAUAUUGCUUGACUGUAAUACAGCAAAUUUAUACUCAUAGAGAAAAAAUAAGCGGUAUUUGAAUAAAAGCAGAACAGAGGGCUGUUGCCACAACCAUAUGAUCAUCACCUUUGCCUUAACCUCUGGCCACCGUCUGUCGCUAAGAUGAGCAGCCACCAUUCCUCUCGUUUUGACCCUGAGCAUCGAGUCCGGAGCACGUUGAAGAAGGUCUUUGGGUUUGACUCUUUUAAGACGCCUUUACAGGAGAGUGCGACCAUGGCUGUAGUGAAAGGUGACAAGGACGUCUUUGUGUGCAUGCCCACAGGGGCAGGAAAAUCCCUGUGCUAUCAGCUCCCUGCUGUGUUGGCCAAGGGCAUCACCAUCGUCGUCUCUCCUCUCAUUGCUUUGAUUCAGGACCAGGUAGACCACUUGCUGGCCUUGAAGGUGCGAGUAAGUUCCCUGAACUCGAAGCUCUCAGCCCAGGAGAAGAAGGAGCUGCUCUUUGACCUGGAGCAAGAAAAGCCCCGUACCAAACUUCUGUACAUUACACCCGAGAUGGCGGCUUCAGCCUCCUUCCAGCCCACUCUCACCUCCCUGGUGUCCCGCCACCUGCUGUCCUACCUGGUGGUGGAUGAAGCUCAUUGUAUUUCCCAGUGGGGCCAUGACUUCCGUCCUGACUACUUGCGUCUGGGGGCCCUGCGCUCCCGCCUGACACAUGCCCCGUGCGUGGCCCUGACCGCCACAGCCACCCCGCAGGUCCAGGAGGACGUGUUUGCCGCCCUGCACCUGAAGCAGCCGGUCGCUGUCUUCAAGACUCCCUGCUUCCGGGCCAAUCUCUUUUACGAUGUGCAGUUUAAGGAGCUGCUUUCUGACCCCUACGGGAACCUGCGGGACUUCUGCCUUAAGGCUCUCGGACAGAAGACUGAUAAAGGGUUGUUUUCCGGCUGUGGCAUUGUCUACUGCAGGACCAGAGAGGCUUGUGAACAGCUGGCGAUAGAGCUCAGUUCCAGGGGGUUGAAUGCCAAGGCCUACCACGCAGGGCUCAAGGGUUCUGAAAGAACACUGGUGCAGAACGAGUGGAUGGAGGAGAAAGUCCCCAUAAUUGUUGCAACCAUUAGUUUUGGGAUGGGAGUGGACAAAGCCAAUGUCAGGUUUGUCGCCCACUGGAAUAUUGCCAAAUCUAUGGCCGGGUACUACCAAGAGUCUGGCCGCGCGGGCAGGGAUGGGAAGCCUUCCUGGUGCCGUCUCUAUUACUCCAGGAACGACCGGGACCAAGUUAGCUUCCUGAUCAGGAAAGAAGUAGCAAAUCUGCAGGAAAAGAGAGGAAACAAAGCGUCCGAUAAAGCUGCCGUCGUGGCCUUUGAUGCCUUGGUGAACUUCUGUGAAGAACUGGGGUGUCGCCAUGCUGCCAUUGCCAAGUACUUCGGGGAUGCGCUCCCUGCCUGCACCAAAGGCUGCGACCACUGCCAGAAUCCCGCAGCUGUGCGAAAGCAGCUGGACACCUUGGAGCAUGCGAGCAGCUGGAGCAAGACCUGCAUCCGGCCCUCCCAGGAGAACGGCUUCGACCCCGAGCUGUACGAGGGAGGCCGCAGAGGCUACGGGGGCUUCAGCAGGUAUGAUGAAGGUUCUGGAGGCAGCGGGGACGAGGGCAGAGAUGAGGCCCACAAGCGGGAAUGGAACCUCUUCUACCAGAAGCAGAUGAGUCUGCGCAAGGGUAAAGACCCCAAGAGAGAAGAAUUUGUACCCCCAGAUGAGGAUUGUCCCCUAAAAGAGGCUUCUAGCAGGAAGAUCCCCAGGCUCACUGUAAAGGCCCGUGAGCACUGCCUGGGGCUCCUGGAGGAGGCUCUGAGCAGUAACUGCCAGGCCGCAGGUGCCUCUGACAGACCUGCCCUCCAGGCCACGGCUGUGGAGAUGGAACACGAGAUGUUCCGAAACGCCAAGGCAGUCAACCUGUACAAGGCCAGCGUGCUGAAGAAGGUGGCCGAGAUCCACCGAGCCUCCAAGGACGGGCAGCUCUACCUCGAGGCAGGUGGCGCCCAGAGCCGCAGUGUCCAGGCCGAGCCCCCGGAGCCCUCUGAGCAUGACAUCUUGCCAGCCUCCCAGGUGUACUCGCUCAAACCCAAGCGUGUGGGAGCUGGUUUCCCCAAAGGCUCCUUCCCAUUCCAAACGGCCACAGAGAUGAUGGAGAAGAUGCGGGCCGAGGCACAAGCCCCCUGGCCUGUGCAGGAGCCCCCGAGCCAGCCCCAUGGCCUCCAGAAUGAGGAAAGCAGUGAGGCCGUCCCUGGGCUCAGAGGAGAGGCCCCUGGAAGCAGCACUCGUUGUGGGGGGCCCUCCCCUGAGAAGAAGGUGAGAGGCCCCUCCAGGGGCAGUUCCCUUGCCCAGGUCCGCACCAGCAGGAAGCAGCAGCUCCUGGCCGCUGCGGCGCUGAGGGAUUCUCAGAACAUCGCCCGCUUCUUCUGCCAAAGGGCCGAGAGCCCCCCUCUACUCGCUUCAGCCCCAGGGGCAGAAGGCGCCGGCGCUUCCUGUGAUGGGUUGCAGGGAGCCCUGGCUGUGGCCCCAGUGCAGUGCUCCGGGGAGGAGGAUGGGGCGCCGGGAUGCUUGGCUGCCCCUCCACAGACAGAGGGGUGCACCAAAAAGGGAACAAGUGCCUGCCCGCCCAGAGACCCAGGGACCCCUGGAGGCCAAUCUACCCCUGCAGUGGAGACACAGAGGGGCAAGCGGCCUGGGCCCCUGCAGGACAACAACCCAGAGAGCCAGGCCCAGAAGAGGCCCCGCCCUUCAGCCAAUGGCUCCAUCUUAGCUAAGGCCAAGGACAACACCUCGGCUGGUGACCAGAGCCCUGCAGAGCCCACAGCCCACGGCUCCUGCCAGCUCCCUCCUCCCGGCAUCUCCCUGAAGGUGGCUGCAAGCGUUGUGGUCAAGUGCCUGACCCCUUUCUACAAAGAGGGCAAGUUUGCAUCUAAGGAAUUGUUCAAAGGCUUCGCCCGCCACCUCUCGCACUCGCUGGCUCAGCGGUCCUCUCUGGGAGGGAACGUGAAGGAAGAGGCCCAGCACCUCAUCAAGCAAUUUUUCCACGGCCGGGCCCGCUGCGAGAGUGAGGCUGACUGGAAUAGUCCGUGUGACCCACAGACGUGACCAGCUGCGGCCCAGCAGGACCAGGUCCUCCCUGGACUCGCCCAUAGGCCACCCUGGCUGGGCCUCACUCGGGAAUGGACACAGUGGACAGGCUGCCGCCAGCAGCAUCUCUUUCCUCAGGGUCCUCCCCCUUCCAGCCACUCCUUGCCGAGGAGAUGGCCCAGACUCCUCCCAAAUCAAGGUCAGCAGCUGGAGAUCAGCCCCCCUUCUCGCUACUUGCAAGGCCUGAGGCCCUCUUUUUCCCAGCCUCUCCUGGCCCUCGUGGCUGUCUUCUGGGUCCCCAGGGUGCGGGUGGUGUUGCUGCUGCCUCGGAGAGCAGGAAGGAGAAAGGGCCCUUCUACCUGCUGUACUUAAGCUGUAAGCCAGGGCUGAGGUCCACCUGUGCGAGGCAUUGGCGCCCCCUCGGGAGGAGCCCCGCUGGCCCCGGGUGCAGGCCCUGCUCCCGCUCAGGUCCGGGCCAGGAAGGCUGGGCUGGACCAAGACGUUUGCCAGAGAAAUAAAGUCCUGUUUGCUGUGACACACUCAUGCUCACACA